UAAAUUGGUAAGAGAGCAAUUAUUUUGUGUCAUGUUAACAUGGUCUCACGAGGUUUAACUUAUAAUAUUCUGUCUGGUCUUGAAAUUUCGGUAACACUAGUUAGCAUUUGCAGUGCCAUGGUUUCCAAAACCCACUCCCAACUCAUUUUUCUAUUUCUGUUUCUUCUUUCAUCAUUAAACAUUGCUUCAAGCUCGUACACACAUAAUGUGGCCAAUUUUGACAAGUGGAUAUCUUUCAAUGUGAAGAAGCAUGAAGAGAGAAAGAAUGAUCCUGGUCCAGAUUUGAAGCUGAGGCAAGCUGAGAGUAACAAAGUUACCAUAACAGUUAGCCAAGACGGUUCCGGUCACUUCAAGACCAUUUCAGAAGCUCUCAAUAGCAUUCCACCACGCAACACAAGGAGAGUUAUAGUGUCGAUUUCGCCGGGCGUUUAUAGGGAGAAGGUGAUGAUCCCAAGAACAAUGGCUUUCGUUACAUUGUCAGGGAACGCCGGAAAUCCUCUGACCAUUACCGGAAACGAUACAGCAUCUGCCUCCGGAAGAAAUGGCAGUCCCUUGGGGACGUUCCAGAGUGCAACUGUUGCUGUGGAUGGUAGCUACUUUGUGGCCAUCAACAUCAAAUUUGAGAACAGUGCUCCUCAUGAGAUUGGAAGAAGAGGAGAACAAGGCGUGGCGCUUCGGAUUUCAGGAACCAAAGCUGCUUUUUACAAUUGCAGUUUCAGUGGAGCUCAAGACACUCUCUACGAUCAUAAAGGCCUUCAUUUCUUCAACAACUGCUAUAUUCAAGGUUCUGUGGAUUUCAUCUUCGGCUCUGCCAGGUCCCUUUACCAGAAUUGCUACCUAAAUUCCACGACUAAGAAGGUGGCUUCUAUCACUGCUCAAAAGCGUACAAAUUCGUCACUGGAGGGUGGAUUCUCCUUCAAAAACUGCACAGUAACCGGUAGUGGGCAUGUUUAUCUAGGAAGAGCAUGGGGCGAUUAUUCCAGAGUUGUUUUCUCUUACACCUACAUGGACAACCUAGUACUCCCCAAAGGAUGGAGUGAUUGGGGUCACCAAAACCGUGAUUCGAGGGUAUAUUAUGGAGAAUACAUGUGUAGUGGGCCAGGAGCUAACUUUGCUGGAAGAGUGCCAUGGGCACGAGUGCUUAAUGAUGAAGAGGCCAAGCCAUUUAUUGGGACCCAAUUCAUUGAAGGGGACACUUGGCUCAUCGACACGUGGUGAAAAUGAAACAACAUGCAGACUUCAAUUAGUACGUAUUUAUGAGUUAAUUAAAACCCUGGUGCUUCUGAAUAUUGAUAAUUUACAAAUAAACAGUGGUUUGUUUUCAUUGAUUGAAAAUAUUAGCACUACAUCCAUUCUUUGUUGUAUGUUACACCACCAAAUUUGUUUCAUAAAUGUGUUCCUUAAAUGGGAAUAUAAAUAAAAGGAGAACACUGUUUAAAACUGUUGUGGUGGAAAGGAAAUGAUGUGAGCACAAUGAACACCACGCAUGCGCAAGCUGAACCAGCUUUAUACUUAUCAAAGUACGGAAAAAGAAAGACAUAAAAUUUGAUCUUGAAGCUUGUGAGUUAUGGAAUGGCAGCAUGAUGAAGCAGGAAUACGCAAAAAAACACGAACAUGA